AAAAAAUAUGGACCAGGUUGUAAUUCCAUAUUAGUCCAUACACUUUCUCUAUAUACAUUUCACACCUACUUUCCUUCUAUACAUAUAUACUCGGUGGCUUGUUUGUUCUUCACAUCUCAAUUAACGGAUAAACAGUAAAAUCAAAAUCAAUUUUACAAAAGAGAAAAAAAUGGCACUCGCCAAAGCCAAGGAGAUCGUCUCGACGAACCCAGUCGUCGUCUUCAGCAAGACUUACUGUCCGUUUUGCACGUCGGUGAAAGAUUUGUUGACGAAGCUUGGUGCCACUUUUAAGGCCAUUGAAUUGAACACAGAGAGUGAUUUGGAUCGUUUGUGGCUUGAGAGUUCUCCAGAUCCGCUAGUUGCUCAUCGUUUUGGGAAUAAUCUGCUCAAUUUUGAAUAUGAUGGAUUGGCAAGUGAUGGAAGUGAGCUUCAAGCUGCAUUGUUCGAGUGGACCGGGCAGCGAACUGUGCCCAAUGUGUUCAUAGGCGGGAAGCACAUUGGUGGCUGUGACGCAACAACUAAUUUGCACAACCAAGGAAAGCUUGUUCCUAUGCUUACUGAAGCUAAAGCACUUACCGCGGAAGCUUCUGCUUAGAGUGAGUGUGUAAUAAAGUUAUGGUUUUAAUGUAAGACUGUGUGAAGUGUGAUGAUGAUAAUGCUAAUAAAGGUAAAGACUCGUGUUGAUUGUAUCGGUCGGUUGAAAUAUAUAAAAUGUUGGUGUAUGUGUUUGUGCAUUGAUGACUUUGGCCUAAAUAAUUGUUUGUAGUGUUGGUGAAAUGUUAAAGCUUUUGGUGGUAUAAUGUUUAGUGGCGUCUGAAAGUAAUUACCUUUUGAUAAACGUGGUACUUGGUAUUGGUAUUGACUAUGUUUGGUAAAACUAG